UUUUAAAUAAUCACGUUAUAAAGACCCAGAUUGAGUUUUCGCCGAAACUUAUCCAAGUAAUUCACAGUUUAUUAGUAUAAAUUAAACGUGGCAGCCAGAAUCGAACUCAACAUUUUUCUUUAUUAUUAUUUUUGAAUUGUAUAGAAUCAAAAUGAUACUGAAAGGUUGAGUUGUACAAAGAUCAGAUUAAUUAUUUGAAUAGAAUUCCACACGUUCUGGUUGACUAUAAAACACGAAUUUAUUUAUUAUCAUUUAAUUAUCAACCAACCGAAAAUAGGCCAAUAAUUUAUGUUAAUCGGCACGAAUCUAAUGUCAACCGGCAAUCACCUGUCACAGAGGUUGGGACCGUUAUCAUGCUGCAGGGGCGAACCCAUAUUGCGCAUGACCUAUAUGCGGGCCAGAAGCAGGAAGCCAAGUAACCUAAUUUCGACAGUUCGUGCCUGGCCGCCGAUAGACUUUAACGGUGACACUACGGUUCAACCGAAAGUUCAGUAAAAAUUAGAAUAUGGAUUACCAGGCUUUGUUGGCCAGAAUCAAAGAAGAAGAAGAGAAAUUGCGGCGAGAAGCAGACCGGAAGCGAGAAAUAGCCAUCGAAAUUGAAAGACUCCUCAAACAAGCGGAAACGACGACAUUAGAAGCCACACCGAGAAGAGAGCCACGAGCGAUAGCCAAUGUACGACCGCUACGGUUGACAGACGUCUAUUUACCCGAAGGAUGGCUUCCAGCUGGGGUAACAGGACCGAGUGCAACCACCAGACAAGACCAUCUAUCUCAGAUUGCAAACCACAUUGAACGGAUCCACGAAUCGGGGAGGGAAGUACGGCCAAACUCGCAACCGCUAAACAGAAUCGGUACGGUUCAAACCGAAGAGAAUGAGAGAAGAAUCGCUAUAGCAAGAGGAGCUAUCCCACGCACUACGCCACCGGUGAACAGAAUCGGCACGGUUCAAACCGAAGGAAACGGGAGAGGAACCCAUACACCCGGAGGAACUACACGACACAGUUCUCAACCGAGAGGCAACGACGCCACCGCUCAAACCGAGGAGUCCGCUUCGGAAGAAGUAAUUUUCCACCGCAGGAUGGGCGAAUCCUGGAAGGAAUUCCGAUUACGCUCAGGGGUACACCGCCCCCCUAAAUAUAUUCGGGAACAAGAGAGCAAAUCGAGGCGAGAGACCCCAGCGGAGAGAGGAAAGAGGGAAGCAAGACAGGAUAAAGCAAAAGCCCAACAAGAUGCAAUCCAGAAAGAGAUCGACAAAAAGAGACAAAUGGAGGUUGACAUAGCAUGGGCAGCCAGACAAAAAUGGCUAACCCAGGCUAAACAAGAGAGGAUGAGACAAGAGCAAGAGGAUAGAACUCGUCUACGACAAGAAGCAACUGACAUGGCCACCCAAAUCUACGAUGAGGUGAUCUAUGCCGUAUGGAAAGAACAUGAGAAGAAACUCUGCGAACUUCUCAACGGUAUUCCACUCCUCACCGAAACUGCCAGUCGUAGGAUGAGAUGUGAGAAGUGCCAACAACGGGGUCAUAACAAGGGCGACUGCCCUACCCAGACCGAAAAUACGGAAGAUUAG